GGAAAACUCUCUAUUAAAGUCUUAAAUUGAAAUAAUAAAAAUGGCCCCAGUCGUACAAAUGGAAAGCCAACAACAACAACUUCAAGUAGCAAUUCCGGCUAAUCAAGGAGGCUCUAUCUCAUUGUCGAUGCUUAUUGAUUUUAUCGUGCAGAGAACUUAUCAUGAUCUCACCGUAUUAGCAGAAUUGUUGCCUCGCAAAACGGAUAUGGAGAGGAAAAUCGAAAUCUACAAUUUUGCGGCACGAACUCGUCAACUCUUCAUACGUCUUUUGGCUUUGGUAAAGUGGGCAAAUUCAGCAUCGAAAGUUGAUAAAUCAGCUCUCAUUAUGAACUUUCUCGAGAAGCAAUCGAUGUUGUUUGUAGAAACUGCUGACUUAUUAACAAAAAUGGCUCGUGAAACUUUAGUUCAUGCUCGUUUACCAUCAUUUCAUAUCCCCGCAGCUGUAGAAGUUCUCACAACUGGAUCAUACAAUCGACUUCCAUUAUGCAUCAAGGAGAACCUCGUAAAGCCAGAUCCCAUUCAACCUCAGGAAGUUGAUGCAACUCUUGGUCGACUGAAUCAAGUGAUUCAACAUCGUCUUGUUACGAGUAAUCUUCUGCCACAAAUGAGAAAGUUUAAGAUUGAAAAAGGUCGCGUAACUUUCAAUGUUCCCAAUGAAUUUUCUGUUUCAUUGACAAUGAUGGGAGAUGGUGACGUACCUUGGCGUUUACUUGACAUCGAAAUUCUUGUGGAAGACAAGGAAACGGGCGAUGGUCGAACACUUGUUCAUCCAUUGCAAGUAAACUACAUUCAUGAGCUUAUUCAGAGACGUCUAGUGAAUAAUCAACAAUCAGCAUUAUGUGAAGUUUACAAUUGUCUUCAUUACUUCUGUCAGUCACUCCAACUUGAAGUUCUCUACACACAAACCUUGCGUUUAUGUCGUGAUCGUUUAGAUGACAAUAUUCAUGUUGAAGAAUACAUCAUUGGAAGUAAAUUGACAGUUUCAUAUUGGCGUGAAUUAUCGGGAAGUAAAGAUGGAAGCAGAACAGAGAUGAGAUACAGAAUCUCACUUCUAGCAAACGCUUCCAAUGCCCUCGCUGUCGUUCACAUGCCAUCAACAUCACUCGGCACAAAAGAUUCAGAAACGAAUGUUCGUGAGAAGACUGAACUUGCUGUUAAAAUGUUGUCGAUGGAGAGACUUUUAGUUCAUACGGUUUACUUUCGAAGUGUCGCUCGUUUAAAUGAAAUUCAGUCUGAAUUUAAAAGUUUCUUGAAAGAUCUCGACAGUAAUUUGCAAGGAACGACAGCAAUUCUCACAGUUCCUGUUCUUUAUCCUUGUCUUCGUGCUGAACAAAUUCACAUCACUGUUGACACACACACCGGACGAUAUCAUUGUCACGUCCCAAAACAUCUCGAUUGUCCCAUCAUGAAUGACAUGCAAACAGCUUUAAAUUCUGAUCAUUCAAAGUUACCCGAACUUGUAACUGAGCUUCGCUUUUGGAUAACAAAGCGACGAUGUGAGAAGACGUUGCAACAUUUGCCGGCAAUUGCCAAAGAACGUUUACCAAUCAUAACAUCAGCUGAACAUCCAGCAACAAAGAUUGGACGUCAUAAGAUGUUUGUACAACUUUAUCGUUAUCCGAAUGUCAUUCUUAUCGUGGGACUUAAGUCGAAACCAUCAAAUCCAAAUGAAAUUGAUUAUUCGUUUUAUCUUGUGUACAUUAAACGAGUCUCGAUUGAUGAGAAUUCAAAUGACGAUACACUUUUGGAUUCUGGAACUCCAGCAACAACACCAGCAUCAACGACAAGUGUUGAAGUUCCUAAAAUGUUCUUACGUGUUUUGACGAUGAUUGAGUUUGAUACAUUUGUGUCAACACACGGGCCUGGCACGGCAAUUGUGAAGGAUCUUGAUGAAGAUGUUGUUGGUAUGAAACGUAAAUUAUCAGCCGACACGUCAUCGCCACCUAACAAGCAACAGAAGACAGCAAUUCCAGCAUAUUUCAUUCCUGAAUUAGCUCAUGUUGUUGCAAUGUGUGACGAGAAACUUCCAUUCAUUGCUAUGGCGCAAGAACUUUCAAAACGAAAUAUUCCACAUAGUGGACUGCAAGUUGAAGCUCAUGCAACGUCUUUAAUUCUCAAUCUUUUAUCACUUCCAUCACCAUCUGAAGUUAUCUUUCAAUCACCACAACAAACGACAAAUGAAAAUAAAGCAACAAAAAAUACUGAAAAAGAUGCAAAGCCAACAACAUCUGAUCAACCACAACAACCGCAACAGCAGCAACAACCACAGCAACCAAAAUCGGCUCAAAAAGAUCGUCAAAUGUUGUAUCAAACUUUUGUUACAAAGCCAAUCUACAAUGCACUCAUGAAACGUCUUUUAUCGAUCUCAAUUCGAACACAAUUUACUAAACCAAAUGUCACUGAUCGUUCAUGGAUUGUUGAAUUAAUUUUCAACAGCACACCGUUGCCAAGUAAUCAUCCAAAAGAACAAGGAAAUCGUCGUGCUGUUUACUUUCAUUAUGAGAUGCUGCCAACUGAUUUAAUAUGGAAAACAGUCGAUCAAAUGCUUAAUGAUUGGAUUAAAAUUGUUUUACUCUUCUCACUCAUUCAUGACUUUGCUGAAUUGUAUAAUUGUGACAAGUACAACUUAAAGAGUAUCGUGAGUGUCAAGUCUUACAGUUACACGCAUCUUUUGUUACUUUAUGGUGAAAACAAAGAAAUCAGCACAAACAUUUUCUGGUGUAAUGAAGCCAAACAAUUCUUAAUGACAUUCAUCGGUGGAAAUUUAUCAAUUAAUCCACAUUCAUUACUUAAUGAUCAACUGCAAUCACAUUUGAAUACAAAUCAUUCAUUAUCGCAAAUUGCUCACAUCUUGAAUGAAACUUAUCAACCUUUGGGAUCGAUUGCGAAACUUCCAACUUUACCUCAACUUGGCGUUCAUAAUCCGAAAAUUCCUGUGCUGACUUUUUGUAUAAUUCCACAAUCACCGACAUUGCUGAGAAUUGCAUUUCAUGGAACAUAUUGCUUGGAAGUUCGUUUACGUGGUGGUGGUUUAGUUUCUAUUCGUGACGGUGCUUACAGUCGCUUUGAUCGCGUCAAUGUCGUCAUGGAAUUCUCGCCAACACAAGGACUUAAAGGAUUUUUAUCGAAGUAUGUUGACGAGAACGCCGUUUAUCGUCGUCGAUCACAAUCAGAAGAUGACAAUCCACCAUCACCUAUUCAAAUGGACGAUGGACCGCAAUUAUUCCGUGGACCACAAAGUCCCCGUGAUCCUGGACUUCGAUUUGCAGCACCAGCAACACCGCCAAGUACUUCAAAUCCACAUACACCAGCAAGUCCACAUCCAAUUGGGCAACAACAGCAAACGCAUGGAAAUCAACAUCCAAAUUUUAAUAUGACAUCGCCACCGACACAUAUGCCGCAUCCAUCGCCAGGAUUUAUGCCGUCAUCGCCUUUGAAUCAGGCAAGUCCAAUGACAGCAAUGUCUCCUGGUCCUAGUAAUUUGGCUUACAUACAAGGACAUUCUGAUAGUCCAUUUGGUGCUCAAAUGUCACCAGCAGCAGCUUCAGCAUGGCCUGGUUCUCCAAUACCACGACCGUCGCCACGACCAGGGCAAUCGCCUGAUCACAAACCUCAAAUGAUGCCGCAACAUCAAUUAAGAAUUCUUCCAGCACGAUCAUGGGCUGGAGCUGUUCCAACAUUGUUGACACAUGAAGCAUUAGAAACAUUAUGUCGUCCAUGUUCACUUUCUGGCAUUCCGGGACCGGAAAUGAGUCCACUUGAGAGAUUUCUUGGAUGUGUUUUCAUGAAGCGACAACUUCAACGACUAUUGAAGGAAUCGAAUCUUGCGAUAACGCCGGUUGAGCCAGGGGUUGUCUUAUUUCGUGCUGAAGGUCUUCAAUGUCAAGUGUAUUCAAAUCCAGAUCAUCUUCAAUCAUUGCAGAUAAGAAUAACGCCGACACUUCCGAACCCUCAAGAUAUGAAGCCGCAAUAUCAAUGGAACAUUGAUGACUUGCAAAUACUUGAACAAUUCUUUGAGACAAAAGUUGCAGCACCACCAUAUCGACAAGCAUCCAUGCAUAGUUUCAUUAAACUUUUUGGAGUCCCACCACCGGUUUUGAAAGAUUUAAUUCAAAUUAUUCGAUUGGAGAUGAAACCAGAGCAAUGUAAAUCGAUGGGCUUACAAUGGAAUGUUCAACUUUGUAUGAGAGCUUCGUUUACAUCUUUCCCUAUAAUUCCUUUGGGAACGCCGGGGAUUGUUAACACGAAGAAUAAAUUGCUGAUCUUUUUGGACUUGACGAGAAUCACUGAUCAACCUUUGCAGCAACAUCCAAUUGUUGUGCUUCCCAUUAUUUAUGAGAUUGGAACACAAAUUACACAAUUGGUUGAACGACGUGAUCUCAACACGCCUGCAAUUAUUAUACAAGCAGCAAAUAUGCAACUGAGAAAAUAUUUAGAGAAACGUGGAGUUACAACAGCUGACUCGACAUUAUAUGCGGCAAUUCAUGACUUAUUGUCGAACUUGACGUUUCAAAUUCCUGGACAACCAAAUCAAAUGCCUGGUGGACCACCUUUUAUGCCAGGGCCUGGUUCUGUUCCUGGUCAGGGCCCAGGUAUGCCAAAUCAACAAAUGUCAAUGCAGCAAAUGGUUCCAGGACAACAAAUGAAUAUGGGACCAGAUCAUUCGCAAGUCAUGAACCAACAAGCGAUGGGACAAGUCAUGGGACAGCCUCAAAUGAAUCAAGGCUAUGGAAUGGGACAAAUGAGUGGUGGACCAUCAAACGAAUAAUUUAAAAAGUUUUUAUUCUUUUUUCAUUUUAUAAAAAUAAAAAAUUAAAUAAACAAUAAUUUAAUGGAUACUUAAAAAACACUUUUGGUUCUCAAUGUGGU